UAUUUUUUUCCUCGCUCUCGUCCCAAUGGUUGGCGCUCCCGCUCUCGCCCCAGAGAGGCUCUCGUACCUCGAAAAGGCCGCAGGUCACUUGGAGUCGCCGGAAGUGCUGACAGGUGCGUUCCCUCGCGCCUCUCUCUCGCCCUUCAAGACCUGACCGCGCACCCCGUCCCCCCUCUCGCGCAGACACCGACCUGUUCGCGGAGAACGUGUUCGAAGAGCUGAGCUCCUGGCACCUCAGCGCGCUCUGUUCAAAGAAAGGCAGCCUCGUCCUGGAAAGGCUGUUCCGUCUGGUGGAUCCUCUGCACGUGACCAAAUUCGCGCUCAAGACAGUCGGCCCGUCCUGGAUGGAAAUCAUCGUCAACCCGUUCGCCUCAAGGGUGUUCGAGGCCGCGCUGAAGGCAAUAGAGGCCGCGGGCGACUCGGUAGAGCUCUCCGACCUCCAAGAACUCGUCUCCUCGUUCACCAAAAACAAGGACGCCAUCUGGCUCCUCGACUCAUCGGUGUACGCCCUGAAGUCUCUACAGAAGCUCAUGGAGACGCUCAAUCGACGCCCCGAGUGGAAGCGUCUGAAGCUGUCUGUCCGUCGCUCUAUCCUGCACCACGCAAACCUGAACGCCUUGGUCGUGACUCCCCACGGGUCCAGCUUCGUUCAGUUCGUACUGUUGGACAGCUACCACUCGGACGAAAAAGACUACCAAUUGCCCGACCCCGUGUCCGAGGCGGGCUUUCAGCCGAAGUCCGUCUGUUCCGUCCGUCACAGUCCGGAGUGGAAUCAGAUGAACGGAUCCGCCGAAUACAAAAUCGUACACACGAUGUUGACGGUGGACGUCCCGCAAUUUUUGGACUGGCUUCAGGACCCCUCCGUGGCCCACCUGACGGAGACGCUGAUCCUAAUCUCCCCCGCGUCCGCCUACGACCGCAUGUUGAAGGAUAUGUCCGAGAGGCUCGUGUGCAUGGCUCGCCACCCGGUGAGUCACUUCGUUGUGCAGAAGUUGAUCGAAUGCGUUCAGUCCCUGGAGCAAUAUCGCCGCAUACUGGACCGCUUGGGCCCCUGCUUCCCGGAACUCGUGCACAGCGCGAGGGGCGGCGUCGUACUGAAGCUGGCUCGCGCCGCGAUCCGGUAUCCGGAAGUUCAGGACGAAGUGUGCCAACACCUGAGCAAGGCCGCUGCCACCGAUCACUCUGCCAAGUACGAUUGGGUCAUCCAACUGGCGAAGCUGCGCCAGCAAAGCAAGAAGCCUCCCUCCGCCGUCCAACAGUCGGGGCCAAAAAAAAAAGCCAAAAAAGGCUCCACGCCAAUCGGUAUGCAAAUUCUAGGCGAGUUGCUGCAGUUUCAGCAAAAAAUUGCCUCUAAGAUCGCCGCGAAAAUACUGGAGUGCGAAGCGCCAACGCUCAUCGACUGGACAUUGGACUCGGUCGCCAGUCGCACAAUGGAAGCCUUUUUCUACUCGGAUCAAAUUCCUCAGCCCAAAAAAGACCGUUUGAUCCAAAUUUGGCAAGAAUCCUCCGCGCUUCACCAGCUUGUCCUCGACAAAAACGGCAGCCACGUCGUGGACGCGUGCUUUCGAAGCGCCAACGUGAACACCAAAGAAGAACUAGUCAAGCAGCUCCUACCGCUAAAGCAAAACCUCCGGCACGUACCUCACGGGAAGUUCGUUAUCAGCCGCGUAAACAUGGACCUGUACGACAAAAACCCAUCCGAGUGGAGGAAGCACCAAGAAGCAAGCAUCAGACAUAAAAAGGCGUUCCUGGAACUCCUGAACUUCGACCCGAAUGCUCAAAAAAAGAAGCGCACAAAGCACGAAACCAACGAAAAGGAGGCGAAAAAAAUCAAGCGAAACGAGACCAAAAAAAAAUCGAUUUAGCUACACACUCGCUUUGUUGGUGCCCACCACAGUUGAGACCGUGUAUAUAAGACAUAAACAGAGCGCAAUCACCGCAAAGCAUCACGCUUCUGCCCCGCGCUCUCUCUCUUUCUCCAGUGUGUGCCAAGCUUGCUAGUCUGCUCACUUCUAUGACUCACGUUCUUCGGCAUUCGAAAUCUCGCACGACGUGAAAAAUUGGGUAGAUGAUAGGCAAAGCCGACUUGGCAGGUUCUUUAGGGCGUCUCUUCUCCUCUCAGCGAGAGGGGGUAACGAUCUGUGCCAUUGGUGACAAGCGCCAUCCACUUGACCUUUGAGCUUCUCCUUUUGCAAAAUCGUCCGCUCCGGAGCGUGUACGAGUUGGCCCUCGAUUUCUCGCAGCCAAGACCUCCCGCCUGUUAUAACAAGACUCAACAAGGUUCACGCCCGCGUGCAAAGCUGCUCUUCUUCUCUUGACUCGUCUUCAAGCACUUCGAUUUUUUUGUCCUUCACACCCGUCUCCAGCCUGCUCGCCGCCAUGUCGGCUUCUUUUUCCAGCAGCAUGGCCUCGAGUUCUCGGCACACACGCAGAUACGGCUGGAUGUCCGCUUGGUCCUUGCACCAAGAUAUCAUGAAGAGCAGCUUGCGAGCAACGUUUUUCAAUAAACAGCCCUGCUUUUUGUGUAUGUUUGCAUUCGGUUGCUUCGAAAAAAGUCGGUACAACUCGCUCAAACACGCCUGCACAAAGGGCGAGCCGUUGGCGAAGAUCUUCACCACGUCACGGAUGAUCGACACGCAGAACCUCGGCGUUUGUCUGGCAUAGACCAGUCGAACGGAGGCUUCGAUUGCACUUUGACAGGCAGUGGUCGCAUUUUGAUAGACGAGGUUCUUCGAAAGUGUCAAGGAGGUCGAAAGCAACACGUCGACAACUUCGCUUUCUACGUCUCCUUCCCAGUCGCCGUUGUAAAUCAGCUUUGCGUAUACGUACGCAUAUACGACAUUAGUGAUGUUAAACAGGUUGAGGGGAGACGGUCGGCUCUUCGUCAAAGAAGAGAUAGGCGGUACAGAGCUCAAGAUUUGAGGACUAGAAGCUGGUUCUAGCUCUAGUUUCGCCUCGGCGUCGUCUUGGUACGUCUCGUCGUUGACCUGGCUGCCUGCUUCUUGGAACUCGUCCGAGACAGAGAUUGCUGGGGUCAGAUGGUUUCUGUACCACCACGGAAUCCAAGGUUUGAUGACCGAAGAAUGUAGCCCGGACUUGAUCCACUCGUUCAUCUCUGACACCAGACUGGGGGGGACAUGUUCGGAGAGUCGAGGGUCGUACGGGUCGAGGUCGGACAGCUCAGAGAUUUCCGUGGGUUCCUUGCUUUCGCGAGCGUCUUCCGCAGAGUCAUCAGCAGGCAAGUCGCCAAAUAAACGCUUCAUCUCGUCCUCGUCUUGCCGGCGUCGGAUGGACUCUCGGUCCAAUA